GCGGCCCGCACAUGCGCAGUGCUGGCUGGCGGCGGACUCGGGAAGCGCCGCCCACGGCCCGGACCGUGCGUAGCCCUUUGGAGCGCUGGAAGAUGUCGGGGUUUCUGGAGAGCCUGAGGUGCUCGGAGUGCGUUGACUGGGGAGAGAAGCGGAACACGAUCGCGUCGGUCGCUGCCGGAGUGCUGUUUUUCACAGGUUGGUGGAUAAUCAUAGAUGCAGCUGUAAAGUACCCUGAAGUGGAAGACUUCAACCAUUCGUACCAUGCUUGUGGGGUCAUAGCCACUCUGGCAUUCCUAAUGAUCAACGCGGUAUCUAAUGGCCAAGUGCGGGGUGACAGUUACAGUGAAGGCUGCCUGGGACAAACAGGUGCUCGGAUCUGGCUGUUCAUUGGUUUCAUGAUGGCUUUUGGAUCUCUGAUUGCUUCCAUGUGGAUCCUUUUUGGAGGCUACGUUGUUAAAGAAAAACCAGUAGUGUACCCAGGAAUAGCUGUGUUCUUCCAGAAUGCAUUCAUCUUUUUUGGAGGACUGGUCUUCAAAUUUGGUCGCACGGAAGACUUGUGGCAAUGAACACACCUGUGGAAGUGCAUUGGGCAUGCUGGGUUUUUAACUCCACACUCCCAAUAUUUUGUAAAGCCAUUUUGUAAACGGUGACCGACCUUCAAUUGUGUCUGAAGAUAAACCAAGGCAAACUCAAAUCAUAGCACUAAAAAUCCUGGUUCUGUGCUGUUGCAUUUUUUACUCUUGUAUGCUGAUCACGAUGUGUAAUAGUUUCGACACAUGUAGAAUUGCUGCAUGUCACAACUGAAGUCACUUUUGUGCUACCAUGUUUGCUACAGGUAGUGUACUGGAAAAUGGAUGUAUUUAACCAGCUGUUUCUAUGACAUUAGUUACAAUCUGAGACUUACUAAAAAUACUUUAAAACAACUUUUUAACAUCUAUUUAUUAAAUAUUUCCUAUAUCUGGACAAUAUAA